AAUGUUGAAUUGUAAACUCUCCCAUAAUGUUUCCAUGAAAUGCUAUCAAUGGUUGUAAUACCCAAGGAUUUCUUACUUAAGAUUUAAAUAAAUUAUGUAAGCUGUUAGAGGAUGUAUAUGUGAUAGGAUUAAAUUUGGGGUUAAAAUUAUAAUGAGGUGAAGGAAUUAGGGACUAAACCUUAUAAUUAAAGCUCAGGGAUUAAGUGGCAAUAUUUCCUUUUUGUAAAAACCCCGAAUCAGAUUUGGCUUGGCAGUUUCUUUUUUUUUUUCUUUCAUUCUUUCCGGGUGAAACAGAAUCGUUCUCCUCUCGUCAGCAAGGGGAAAUAGCUCUAGGGAUCUGCCAUAUUAGACUAAUUGAAGGCUCCGGCUAAUUGUGUGGAAUUGCAAUUGAAAGAUAAUUAUUGAGGUGAGGAGGUAUGAGCAUUGGGAUUUGCAUGAGGAUUGAGAGAUCGUUAGAAUAAAUUGAUAGAAAUUUAGCAAUAGCUCAAUUGGAAGCUUAUUUGGUUUUAUAAAAUAAGAUGUUAAUCACUUUACAUUGUGGUUAAGAGAUUUGAUUUUGUUAUUUUGAGACUAUUAAGAUUUGUUAAUGGAAUUGUUUAUCUUAAAGUUGCAAGGCUACAUUAGAAUUUUAUGGGAGAUUGUAUUGGGACCCUGACUGUACAAAAUGUCCCUCAAUACAAGAGAAUAAGACAACCAUUAUUGCCACCAUCAACCUCUCAGUUCCAAAGAAAAUGGGAAGAACUCCAAACUGCAAUGUAGAUGGCUUGAAGAAAGGAGCAUGGACCUCCGAAGAAGACGAAAAGCUCAUCGCUUACGUUCAGAAACAUGGAGAAGGAAGCUGGCGUUCCCUGCCAGAGAAAGCUGGUCUUCAAAGGUGUGGAAAAAGUUGUAGACUUAGAUGGGCAAAUUAUCUCCGGCCUGGAAUUAAGAGAGGAGAAUUCACUUUAGAAGAAGAAGAAACAAUUAUUAAACUUCAUGCUGCACUUGGGAAUAGGUGGGCAACAAUAGCUCGCCACUUACCAGAAAGAACAGAUAAUGAGAUCAAGAAUCACUGGCAUGCUCAUUUGAAGAAAAGAUUAACCAAAAUGGGUAUAGAUAAUUCUUCCCAAGGGAGUUCUACAGCAAGUUCAUCCGGUCAGCUGCAGCAUUACCAAGGCUCUUCAGCAUCCACUGCUAAGCUUCUGAAUAAGUUAGCCACCAAUUUGACAAUUCUACAGCGUAUUGAUACAAAUCUUAUUUCGCAAUCGAUGUCAGUGGGUACCGCUAGUACGAGUAAUGUAUCAAGCUCUUCUGAAAAUGUCUCGGCCCCAUCAGGACCGGUUGUGUUAGAUACAUCUUUGUUGGGAAAAGAUAUACCUUCGUUGUUUUCGAUACAGCUGGAUUCUCCGUAUGUGUCAAAUGCCCUUUUUUCAGAAUCAGUGGAAGGUAAUAAUGUGGCCGAUGAUAUUGUAUCUACAUUAAGCAAUGUUUCCACUCCUACAGGUCAUGGAGUCAUGAACAAAAUGGAUGCCAAAUUCUCAUCAUUGAAUUGCAAUGAGGAUCAACUUCAAGAUUGCAGAACUUGCGUUCUUCAGGAACCAUUAUUGGAAGGUGGUACUAGUACUACUAAGACAGCUCCAAUUGUUCAAUUUAUUGAUGAUUUUUCUGAUGAUAUUGAUAUUAGUGGCAUAUGGGACUGCUGUAUUGAGUGUGAUAUGGGCUCUCCAUCCAUUUUCUGAUGAUGACUUUAACUUUGUAGAAAAUGCUAUAUUACCAGAAGACCAUGACAUUCCAUGAAUAUGAUUCAACAAUCCCCUUGUAAAUCUUAACCAUUUUGUGGUGAACUAUUGAAUAAAAAUUUUAUAAUUUU